AUGGCGACGUCGGUGGCCUGCGCCUUCUUCUUCGACGCGGAGCCGCUGGGCGAGCCCGGGCGGCACGCGCUGGACGCCUGCGCGCUCUGCUCCAAGCCGCUCACCCGCAACAGCGACAUCUUCAUGUACAAGGGCGACACCCCGUUCUGCAGCGAGGACUGCCGCUACGAGCAGAUGCACCAUGACGCGGCCUACGCGCGGCAGGCCAGCAGCAGCCGGCGGAAGCAGCAGCAGUCGCAGCGGAGCAGGGGGGCCUCUGUGGCCGCCAAGGCGGACGUGUACGUGGCCAGCUAG